CACAUUAUUCCUCCAAAGGAUAGAAAUCUUUUUGGAUUAAUUUACGCGCUUGUUGAUAAUGUGCAUCGUCAGAAAUCUGAAUUCCGUUUCAGACACAAGAUUUUAACUCUUUCUCAUUUUUAUCAUAUAACUAAUAAUAUUCUCCACGUGAUAGACUUGUAGUCGUACAAAAUAAGAAUAUAGCGUAUCUAAAAGAUGCAGCCCGAUGCACUUACGUGGUGCAUACCGCGAACGCGUGCUCGAACGUGGGGUGGGGAUGUAUAAAGAAGGGUAGGCCUGCGUUCUUCUCUUGCCCUUUCGUCCAGUGGAUGACGCACCUCUUCGUCGUCGUGCACGCCGUCGUCGUGCCCGCGUACAUCCACACAUCCGGUGCUCGGUUGUCGCUUACACGUGACACUAUUUUCGUGGACCACGUAUAUCUACGUGCAUCGUCGUCAUUGACAUCAUACACACGUUGUCCUGGCCUGCACUGCCAACUGCAUCUGGCAGUACGCUCGUAUCUCUGCUCAGUGCUAAGUGUCACCCCCGCGGAUGAACCCCAUUCGUCAGCAGUGAGAAGGAAAGUCUCGGCGAGUGAGGACUUUUACAGAAUGCCCUUGGUGACGGUGUGCCGGAAAUAGUUGGCAUGAUACUGUCAUUGUUCGUUCGACCCUGAGAAGCAACAAAUAGUACGUUCCGGAAACUUGGCACGGUAUAACGGACCGUUGCUCCCACAGUAAUAUUUUAUAUUAUAUUAAGAAUUAACGAAACAGACUUCGAUAUAUAAAAUAGAAUUUUAUAAGGCGACAUCCGCAAUGGAAACCCGAUUGAUCUUGUU